UGAGCAGAGACCUGGAUGAUGAAAAGGAGCUGGCCUGGAAGGCAUGCAGAUUGGAUGUUCCAAGGAGAACAGCCCCUUUUCUAACAGCAGCAUCUGAGGUGUGAGCUGGAGGAGGGCAGUGCUGCUAUGGUGAAUCAGGGAAGGGAGUGAGUUUGUAAGGAGGGCGGGGGUGGGAGGCAACGUUAGAUAGAGCCGAAAAGGUCUCAUUGAAAAGGAACCAGUAAGUGAAAGCCUAAAGGAGAGGAUUAAAGGAGAUCAGGUAUUUGGGGGAGGAACAUUCCAGGCAGAAGAAACAGCUAGUGCGAAGGUCCAGGGGUGAGGAGGGACAAGGAGGCCAGUGUGGUUAGAGUGGAGUGAGUGACAGGGAGAGUGAGAGGAGGUGAGAUUGGUGAGAUGAUGGGACUUGUGGGCUAUGGUUGAGACAUUGGCUUUUAUCUGGGGUGAGGUGCAGCAAGCAGAUGCCUUUAGGAAGGUCCUGAUGUGAUAGGCAUUAAUAGGUCCCCUGUGGCAGCAUAUUGGGGUGUUAGGGGGAGCAGGGAGAAUAGGGAAGAGGAUGCUGCCAUAGUCCAGGUAGGAGAGGAUGAAGGAUGGACCAGGGUCAGGGCCUGGGAUGAGGGUGAGGGAUGAAAUACCUCAGAAAUACCUUGAAUGCAGCUACUGGGCCGGCCCAUAGAAGGAUGAGGGGUGGAAGGCAAAGUCAGCCAGUUCUGUUCAGAUCAGAGUGGACACGGCAGGCCAUAGUCAGGUGUGAAACAGCCAAGCCACUGUGAUGGAGCCAUCCUUGGCUGGCUCCUGGAGGCCUUUCUGGGGAGGAGUCUAUUGGCAGAUGUGUACCCUACACUGCCAAAGCCAGGUAGCAAGGUGAUUAAGCCGGGCUACUUGGAUUCAAGUCUUAGCUCCAUUUUACCUACUUGCUCUAUACCCUUGGGCAAGUGGCUUAACUUCUCUUGGCCUGGUAAGUGCGGUGCGAGCACUCUGCGACAAUUACCAUGACAAUGACCAUAGAAGUCUCUACAAAACCAUCCCUCUGAGACAUCACUUGUCUAGGGCGAACGUGGAGAAUAGGGCAGGUCUGAUACGUUAGAGAGAGAAAACACCUGUCACUACCACAGACCCCUGCCCUAAUUGGUCUGGUUUGCAGGCCUGCGGGGAAGGCGCUAUCACAGCGGGAAAGACUGUGCCGGUUUUCCCAGGAUUUAACGACUGAACAACUGCUUCAUCUCUCUCCUUCUGUCUCCAAGCCUCACAUCUUUCUUGGUGGCCAUUUCUUCUUCCCCAUCCUCGGUGUCUCUUCCCUUACCAUUCCUGCCUGCAGUCUUUUCAUCAAUGCAAACAGCCUCUAGCUGUCUCCGCCCCCGCGCCUGGUUGGGGGUGACACGGCGCAUGCGCUGUCAGCGCCCCUCCCUCUCCACCCCCAUCCCCCCGUCGGCGUCUGGGCCUCAUCCCCUUCUCUCUGUCUCCUUCUCCCCCAUCACUUCUCCAGACACUGACACCCCAUUACUCCAGUUUCCCCGGUUUCAGCUUUGGUCUUCAGCCCCAUCCACCCGAGUUGACCUCUGCCCCUAGGAUUUGCCUGAAGCCCACCCCCAACUCUGCAUCUGCCCCCCGAGGGCCACCGAGGACCAUGACUAAGACAGAUCCUGCCCCCAUGGCCCCGCCGCUCAGGGCGGAGGAAGAAGAGGAGGAGGAGGAGGAUGAGCCUGUCCCGGAGCCCCCCAGCCCCACCCAGGAGCGCCGGCAGAAGCCUGUUGUGCACCCCUCGGCACCAGCCCCCCUCCCCAAGGACUACGCCUUCACCUUCUUCGACCCCAACGACCCUGCCUGCCAGGAGAUUCUGUUUGACCCCCAGACCACCAUCCCUGAGCUGUUCGCCAUCGUGCGUCAGUGGGUGCCCCAAGUCCAACACAAGAUCGACGUCAUCGGCAACGAGAUUCUGCGUCGAGGCUGCCAUGUGAAUGAUCGCGAUGGGCUGACCGACAUGACACUGCUCCAUUAUGCGUGCAAGGCUGGGGCCCACGGAGUCGGGGACCCCGCGGCGGCGGUGCGCCUCUCGCAGCAGUUGCUGGCUCUGGGCGCAGACGUGACCCUGCGUAGCCGCUGGACUAACAUGAACGCGCUUCACUACGCCGCCUAUUUCGACGUGCCCGAUCUCGUGCGUGUGCUGCUGAAGGGUGCGCGGCCCCGAGUGGUGAACUCCACGUGCAGUGACUUCAACCACGGCUCAGCCCUGCACAUCGCUGCCUCCAACCUGUGCCUGGGCGCGGCCAAAUGUUUGCUGGAACACGGCGCCAACCCGGCGCUUCGGAACCGAAAGGGACAAGUGCCAGCAGAGGUGGUCCCAGACCCCAUGGACAUGUCCCUGGACAAGGCAGAGGCAGCACUGGUGGCCAAGGAGCUAAGGACGCUACUGGAGGAGGCAGUGCCACUCUCCUGCGCCCUCCCCAAGGUCACACUACCCAACUAUGACAACGUCCCAGGCAAUCUCAUGCUCAGCGCACUGGGCCUGCGCCUGGGAGACCGCGUGCUACUGGAUGGCCAGAAGACGGGCACGCUGCGGUUCUGCGGGACCACGGAGUUCGCCAGUGGCCAGUGGGUGGGCGUGGAGCUGGAUGAACCCGAGGGCAAGAAUGAUGGCAGUGUUGGGGGCGUCCGGUACUUCAUCUGCCCUCCCAAGCAGGGUCUUUUUGCCUCUGUGUCCAAGAUCUCCAAGGCAGUGGACGCACCUCCUUCAUCCGUCACCUCCACACCUCGGACUCCCCGAAUGGACUUCUCCCGUGUCACUGGCAAGGGCCGCAGGGAACACAAAGGUAAGAAGAAGCCCUCAUCAUCCCCGUCUCUGGGCAGCCUGCAGCAGCGCGAAGGAGCCAAGGCUGAGGUUGGAGACCAAGUCCUCGUUGCUGGCCAGAAGCAAGGGAUUGUGCGCUUCUACGGAAAGACAGACUUCGCCCCAGGGUACUGGUAUGGCAUCGAGCUAGACCAGCCCACCGGCAAGCACGAUGGCUCUGUCUUCGGUGUCCGGUACUUCAACUGCCCCCCGAAGCAUGGCGUCUUUGCACCAGCAUCUCGAAUUCAGAGGAUUGGUGGAUCCACUGACCCCCCUGGGGACAAUGUUGGAGCCAAAAAAGUGCAUCAAGUGACAAUGACGCAGCCCAAACGCACUUUCACAACAGUCCGGACCCCAAAGGACAUCGCAUCUGAGAACUCCAUCUCCAGGUUGCUCUUCUGCUGCUGGUUUCCUUGGAUGCUGAGGGCGGAGAUGCAGUCUUAGAGGCUCUGGACAUCCAACAGAGACACAGAGCCCCCUCUAGCGUCUCCUGACACGAGGAGCCCCCGAGUCACCCUGAGAUAGAGAUUCCCAGUAACACAUCCAGAAUAGAGACCCCCAUUAGCCAGCCCUCGAUCACUGAGGCCCUAUUAACAGAUUCCCCCAUGAUGACCCCCCCAAAUACAGACCCUGUGUUACCCAGAAAGAGAUUCCCUGAGUGUAGUACCUUCAGGCUAGUCCCACCCCUCAGAUCAGACCCUCCAAUUAACAGAUUUCCAUCUCACCCCAAAUGAUGGUGACUUUCUCUACAUAAUGCUCCACAGUAGAACAUUCCUGAGUCACUAGUCACUGGAGCAAAACCAUUCCCUAUUAACAAGGUCCCUCCCCACAUCAAACCCCGUUGAAAGAAACAUCUCCAGAGAAGAGUAACAGACCCACAUUUAAUAUCAGUCCUGUCAAGAUGUUGUGACUCCCAUGGUCACCCCAAAAUCCUUAGACUGCAAUCGGACACUCCCUCCAUUAACAAAAGCCUCUACUCUUACCCCUCAAGAAGAGACCCGCAUUAACCAGCCCACUGUCACCCCCAAUUUACAGAUGCCAAAACAGUCCUGGAAGUGCUAAUUACAGGACCCCCAAGUCUUCCUACCCUCUGCACCCUCAAGAAACCCCCAGUGCCUUGUAUGAAGCCCACCCCAUGUGGCCCACAGUACCUGUGCUGGCCAGGCUCCCAGAAAAUUCUCUAUUUUUUAAGUAAUGAUUUCCCCCUUUGGGGGACCCCAAAAUUUGGAGGCCCCAUUCUGGGACUCAGGAUCCCAACCCCCAGAGUACAUGUCCCAAACUUCCCUCUGCCCCUAAUUCCUACAGCCCCUAGGAAAGCCCAAAACCCUAACUCCCAGGACCCCCAGAUCAUGGAACCCCAAAUCCCCAGGGAAUCCCAAAUUUAAAAAAUCCGAUUCCAAGCCCCCAGGAAUCCCCCAACCAUGGAAGUCCCUAUGCCUGAGAUGGAGGAGACUGUAGUCAGGAUAUGCAUCCUAGGCACCCAGGGCACGUCAAGCCCUAUUCAUAGGCACCAGGAGACCCCCAAACAGAAAUUCUCAUCCCUGGAAACCAGAGGACUUCAAUGCCCCGAGUCUAUGGAUCACAAGAUACCCAAAUUCCAAGAGCCCCAGUCCCAAGGGAACCCCAAAUCCUCAAGCCUCCCUCUCUAAUAGACGAGGAGCAUCGAGGCCUUCAGGGGAUCCCAAAUCCUGGAGCCCCCAUUUCAAUCUACGUUCUGGUCACAGGUCCAAAACGCCAAAUCUAAGUUACUGGCCCUGAAGGGCCUCAGAGCACCCUGGUCAGAAGAGCAGAAGCCGACGGAGACCCUGAAGGCCCAGGGUGUCCAGGGCAGACCUGGGGCCCUGAAAACCAAGGACAGCUCACGACUGCCCCUUCACUGCAUGUCCCCAAACUCAGCAUGACCCCUAUCCCCUUCAAUAAAGACGUUUCUAUGGC